GCAAUCUCUAGGUUUCUCUCUAGAGAGAAAGUGAGCGAUUAGCUGAAAGAGAAAGCAAAAUAAUGGCGUCGUCAAGAGUAGCAGGAAGCCUGCAAGUGAGAAGAAUGGCGGACUUGGAGAAGAUGAGCUUGGAUCAGCUCAAAGCAGUGAAAGAACAAGCUGAUAUCGAAGUCAAUCUCUUACAAGACAGCCUUAACAACAUCCGCACAGCCACCGGCCGCCUUGAGAACGCCUUUGCUGCUCUCCACGACCUUUCCCUCUGCCCCCAAGGGAAGAAAAUACUGGUUCCUCUCACCGCUUCGCUCUAUGUUCCUGGCACAAUCGACGAGGCCGACAAGGUUCUCGUUGAUAUCGGCACCGGAUACUUCGUUGAGGUCCCUAUUUUAGUCUUUGCAUAUUGGUUUGAGAAUUUUCUUCCUCUUACUUACUCCUUUCUUCAACCUGCUGGAGUAUGA